CAACCACCCGACCCAAUUGCGCCUGUCACGAUCGGAAUUUCGUCGGCUUGGCCCGUUGGAUUGUGUUUUCGAGCGACUUGGGAAGAAAUAAAAGCUAUUUUGUCGGGAAUUGACUGUUGUUCGCGACCAAGUGAUAAUAAAUCUGCACCAAUGCGGCCGCAACGCGAAUACCAUAUUGUCGUUCUGGGCGCUGGUGGUGUCGGGAAAAGUUGCCUUACCGCACAAUUCGUUCAAAAUGUCUGGAUUGAGAGCUACGAUCCGACAAUCGAAGAUUCAUAUCGGAAACAGAUCGAAGUAGAUGGUCGACAAUGCAUUCUCGAAAUCCUGGACACGGCGGGGACAGAACAAUUCACGGCCAUGAGAGAGCUGUACAUGAAACAAGGCCAGGGUUUCCUCCUGGUGUUCUCUAUCACCAGCAUGUCGUCUCUCAACGAGCUCUCAGAACUUCGGGAACAAAUAAUCCGUAUCAAAGAUGAUGAGAAAGUUCCCAUCGUCAUCGUGGGCAACAAGUCCGACCUUGAAGAUGAUCGCGCCGUGCCCCGUGCCCGCGCGUUCGCCCUGUCCCAGACCUGGGGCAACGCGCCGUAUUACGAGACCUCGGCCCGACGACGCGCCAACGUCAACGAAGUCUUUGUCGAUCUAUGCAGACAGAUCAUCCGUAAAGACCUACAAGGAAGUGAUCCUAAAGACUCCGACAGUUCGAAUUGGAAACGAGAAGCGCCGAACCGUUCCGACCGCAAGCGCGACAAAAGAACCCAGAAAACAGAAAACAUAUAGGCAAACGAAAAAGAGAAAAAAAGGAAAAAAAGGAAAAAAAAAACACAUACGAAACGGCAUCUCCGUGCUCCACGCCUUUACGACUUACCUCUCAUGACUAUCUCCACCGUGGUGUUCCAUCACAUCCCCUGAUGCUCUCUCUUCGUUCCCCCCUUGUACCUCUACCGGCGACGCAGCU